CAAAUAAAGAAAAUAAAACGUGGAGGAGUGAAAGGCGACCAGACACGAGGAAGAAUAUCCACGUCCAUUACAGAGCGAUCCUUCUCCGUCUCUCGUAUAUCUUUGGCUCUUCCCCACUUCACCUCCUCCUCCAAUUUCCACUGCAGAUAAUAUAUUAUGGGCACUGGGCAGUUAUAAUCUGUGUUACUACGCUCUUAAUUACCAUUAAAUCCAAUCCAACCCAACCACCCAACAUUGAAGAAGAUGAGGCCCCAUCUCUCCCAACCCUCAUUUCAUCGUCUUGUUUCUAUCUUCUGUGAACGGUGAGGACUGAAUUGUUGCGAAUUUAUGAUCCAUACCCGAAAACCCAUCAACCCAUUAGCCCAAAACCAGCAUCUCCUUUCUUCCCUGUGCCUGGUGAUUGAUUUGGUUCCCAUUGAAGGUUGAAGAAGACGAAGAAUUUGAAAAAAAGGAGAAUUGGGUUCUUAUGUCAGGGGCAAAGCCGGCCUCUGAGCAUGUCGGCUUCCCCACCGGGGACGCAAACAAGCACAGUGCUGACGGCUGCUGCAACCCAGUGAAGAAAAGCGGACCCAUUUCCAUGGAUCACGUUCUUCUGGCCUUGCGCGAGACCAAGGAGGAGAGAGAGAUCAGACUUCGAAGCCUUUUCAAUUUCUUCGAUGCUACGAAUCUAGGGUACUUGGACUAUCCCCAGAUCGAGGCCGGUUUAUCGGCGCUUCAGAUUCCGCCGGAGUACAAGUACGCCAAGGAUCUUCUGAAGGUUUGCGAUGCCAACAGAGAUGGAAGGGUCGAUUAUCUCGAGUUCCGAAGGUAUAUGGAUGACAAGGAGCUCGAGCUGUAUCGAAUUUUUCAGGCCAUUGAUGUUGAGCACAAUGGCUGCAUUCUGCCUGAAGAGCUUUGGGAUGCUCUUGUCAAGGCUGGGAUUGAAAUGGAUGACGAGGAACUCGCCCGUUUUGUUGAGCAUGUUGAUAAGGAUAACAAUGGAAUUAUAACUUUUGAAGAAUGGAGAGAUUUUCUUCUACUUUAUCCACAUGAAGCAACGAUUGAGAACAUAUAUCAUCACUGGGAAAGGGUAUGCCUUGUGGAUAUAGGAGAGCAGGCUGUCAUUCCAGAAGGAAUUAGUAGGCAUGUUCAUAGGAGCAGAUACUUUAUUGCAGGGGCUAUAGCAGGUGCCGCUUCUCGUACUGCUACUGCUCCUCUUGAUCGCUUGAAGGUGGUUUUGCAAGUUCAGACAGUACGUGCUUCUGUAGUUCCCGCUAUAAAGAAGAUAUUGAAGGAAGAUGGUAUCCUAGGGUUUUUCCGAGGUAACGGAAUAAAUGUUGUGAAGGUAGCACCUGAAAGUGCUAUCAAGUUCUAUACUUAUGAAAUGUUAAAAAAGGUCAUUGGAGAUAGUAUGGGGGCAGACUCAGGAGAUAUUGGUACUUCGGGUAGACUUUUGGCUGGUGGUAUAGCAGGUGCAGUGGCACAAACUUCUAUCUAUCCGUUGGAUCUUGUGAAAACUCGAUUACAGACUUGCACUUCAGAAGCUGGAAAGAGUCCUCAGUUGAAGACAUUAACUAAGGAAAUAUGGAUUCAUGAGGGACCCCGGGCCUUCUAUAAAGGUCUGAUUCCGUCUCUUCUUGGGAUUAUCCCCUAUGCUGGCAUCGACCUCGCGGCCUAUGAGACCUUAAAAGAUAUGUCAAGGACAUAUAUUCUUCAAGAUAGUGAACCUGGUCCUCUAAUCCAGCUGGGCUGUGGGACAAUAUCUGGAGCUCUAGGAGCAACAUGUGUUUAUCCAUUGCAGGUUAUCCGAACCAGAUUGCAAGCUCAACGUUCUAAUACAGCUGCUGCUUAUAAAGGAAUGUCUGAUGUAUUCUGGAGAACCCUUCAGAAUGAAGGCUAUACAGGUUUCUACAAGGGAUUGUUUCCAAAUCUUCUCAAAGUUGUGCCAGCCGCAAGCAUUACAUAUAUGGUAUAUGAAGCCAUGAAAAAAAAACUAGAUCUGUAGUGAGUUGGUAACUACAUUGAUCUUGUAGUUAGAAAUUGUAACGGAGUUGAUGAUGAAGAAAAAGAAAAUGAUAUUACUAGUUAAGUAGGCAAUAUGAUUGUUAUAUGACAGAUGGUUUCCCCCUUCAGGAUAUGGGGCAAAGGAUUUUCAAUUUUGUAGUCAGAAAGUCUUUUCCGGGAUUUAUGGAAACUUACUAUUGAGAAACCAGGUUACAGCCCAUUUUGAUUUUCAUAGCAAAGGUGGUAGGUA